UCUUGCAUUUGGUGUGCGGAGAGCAAAUGGCCAUAAGGCGUCCCUCUGGCAGCGCGCACAAAUCCCCCUGAUGUGGAUCCGUCACACUUUGUAAAGCCUUUUGCAUGGCUAGAGCCGGAGAUCUCCUGCCGACGGGACACAGCUCGCGGAGUUAAAAGUAGUUAUCGUUGGCGCCUCGAACGACUCGUCCCCUCGCAGCUACCAAUGAUGACUGAGAACAGCGAGGUGGAGGGCGACUCGCAGCUCCAGCGCUCCCCGAGCACAAUGUCCAUCCAGCCGAUGUCAACCAAGCUCCAAAGGCUAAAACGCUCGCUGUCCUUCAAGACCAUCAUGCGCAGUAAGAGUGUGGAGAACUUCUUUCAAAGGUCCUACAGCGACGCUCGCCUGCCCCCGGAUUUCAUCACUGACCAACCGCCUCCUUCUCCCCCUCUGCUGCCUGGCUCUCCCCUCGUCGGCGACAGCUCACCAUCCAUUUCGCCAUCUCUCAGCCCCAACCCCUCCAUAUCCUCCCACUCCCCCUCUCUCAGCCUUUCCCCAUCACUGCCCACCAAGCCUCCCCAACCUCAGAUUACCCACUGUUUUCAGGACCAUGUCUUUCGCAAGCCCACCAACUGCCAGCACUGCAAGCAUAUGAUAGUGGGAAACUCCAAACAAGCUCUGCGGUGUAAAACGUGCAAGAUGGCUGCUCACCUGUGGUGCACCUCGGAACUAUCGCAGCAGCCAUGUCACGGGAAGUCUGGAGCAUUCAGGCGAAACUUCAGCUCACCAAUGCUUGUCAAUGACCAACUGGCUGUCGUCAAGGAAGUUCAACCAAGCCAAGGGGCUGCGCGGACGCGUGUAGACCCCGUGUAUGCUGCCUUGCGCUACGGGACAUCCUUGGCACAGAUGAGCCGCUCCAGUUUUGGCAGUUUAUCAGAGUCGCCAACACGCAGCCUGGGGGAGGGAGGUGAGGAGAGGCAGCAGAGACAGUGCAGCAUGGAGGAAGAGAUAACGCAGGAGACAGGGGACAUUCUGGUCCCUGACAUUGAAAUCGAGAAGGAGGAAGAGGAGAGCGGCGGCCAAGCUCAGACUCCCGCAGAGGAGGGCAGCGUGAAGGUGCCCAAGCGCAUUGAAGUUCACUCCAUCCACACCUAUGUAGCACUCUACAAGUUUCUGCCUCAGGAACAGAAUGACCUGGAACUACAUCCCGGUGAUCGGGUGCAGGUCACUGACGACUCUAAUGAGGAGUGGUGGAAGGGAAAGAGCGGCGACAGAGUCGGCUUCUUCCCUGCUAACUUUGUGCAGAGGGUCCGGCCAGGAGAGCGAGUGUGGCGGGUCGUCCAGGGUGUUUCCGGCAUCCGAGAGAGAGGACACAUGGCCGUCAGGGAAUCCCAGAUCUGCGUGGGGAAGCGAGAAGACGGCGAGGCGUUUCUGAAGCUGAGCAGCGGGAAGAAGAGAGGGCUGGUCCCAGCUGACUCCAUAGAGGAGAUCUGA